AUGGAAGGCUCCAAGGAAAAAAUCAUCCUGAAUAUUGGGGUCAGAUGUGAGACAUACAGCAGCACCCUCCAGACCUUCCCAGGGACCAAGCUGUGCAGCCUAACAGAGCCCCAUGCCCCAAACAUCUACAACCAUGCUACCAUCGUCAAAGAGUUCUUUUUCAAUAGGAGUGCUGAGAUCUUUAGCUACACGUUGAACUAUUAUAGGACCAAACAUUUCCACUGCCCCAUUGAUACCUGUAGGUCAGUCUUAGAAGAGCUGGUUUUGUGGGAAAUAAAGGAGACACCACUAGCAUCCUGCUGUUUGCUGAAGCUGAAUAAUAAAGAGGUGCAGCCAGAAGAGUUUAACAUUUGGGAUGAAAGUGAACAGACUGAUGAUCAGUGCCUCACAGUCCAGACAGACAGAAGGGAUUUCAGCUGGUGAACUAGACACCUCCUUCUUCUCUUUUCCCUGUUCUCCGUACAAAAUGCAUACCCCGUGCCUCCUUAUAAUGUCAGGCAUGCAGAGCAACAAACACAAGUCAGAGACUGGAGGAUGUUUUCUGCGCUGCUGUUAUUUCUGGAACCAACAUUUAGUUCUGAAGUGGCCCUCAGUGUGAGCCUGUCUGCAUUACUCCAGCUGUCGGACUGGAGUUUUUUCCCCUUCCUUACAAAAUCCAAUAUAGGAGUUCAGUGCUUGGCUUUUGUUUCUUUGCUGUUCAUCGUUGGAAUUGUCAUCAUAUUCUUUGAGGACACCAAGGCACCAUUUGAGUUCUUUGCUGCUAACUUCACCUCUGUUGGCUAUUCCGCGGUCUCCCACAUUGACCAUGAACCUUAUUACCGCCAGGCUGCCUACUUGCUUCAUUUGGAGCUUUUCUGUGUCCUCUGGUUUACUUUUGAGUUCUCUGUGCAAUUUUGUUUCUGCCCAGACAAGAAAUUCUUCUUCCAAAAUCCCCUGAACAUGGUUGACUUCCUCUUCCCAGUUUAUAUUGCACUCUUUGUGGCUGGGCAGAUUCAGAGAAUGCCAAGCCUAGGGCUUUGGCUGGGCUUUGUUUGGACUUUGUUCGGGCUUUGUUCGGGCUUUGUUCGCAUUGUCCAUCUCCUCACACUCCUGAAGAUACCCAAGCUGAUAGAAACACCACUGAUCCUCAGGGUUCUGUGCUACACCCUCAAGUCUAUCCUCAGAGAUUUGCAUCCUGCAGAUAAUUGGAUUUUGGCCUUUGAGACCCUCUUCUUUGUCUCUCUCUUUUCCUAUGGGGAGUUGCUGGGUAGCCAUCCUUCUUACACAGGGGAGCUGCACUUCACUGAUAUUCUUGUUUGCUUCAGUUGGGCUUUGAUCACACUCACUACAGUGGGCUACAGAGAUACUGUCCCUCUCACCACAGCUGGACAAGUGACGGCAGCCUUAGCUGUGGUACUUGGCAUGUUAACUAUUAUCAUCUCAGUACCUAUUUUCCUGGUGAAAUUUAAAAGCUAUUAUGACAUUGCUAUCUUCAAACAGAAGCUGAAAAGGAACAAGAAACAUUAA